CGGCGGCGCAGAGAGGAGCGCGGGUGGAGGGCGCGGACCGACCGAGCGCACCGACCAUGGCCUCCAAGUGUCCCAAGUGUGACAAGACCGUGUACUUCGCCGAGAAGGUGAGCUCCCUGGGCAAGGACUGGCACAAGUUCUGCCUCAAGUGUGAGCGCUGCAACAAGACACUGACGCCUGGCGGCCAUGCUGAGCAUGAUGGGAAACCCUUCUGCCACAAGCCCUGUUAUGCCACACUGUUUGGACCCAAAGGCGUGAAUAUCGGGGGCGCUGGUUCCUACAUCUACGAGAAGCCUCCGACGGAGGCCCCUCAGGUCACUGGCCCCAUCGAGGUCCCUGUGGUACGAACUGAAGAGCGGAAGACCAGCGGGCCGCCCAAGGGUCCCAGCAAAGCCUCUAGUGUCACCACGUUCACUGGGGAGCCCAACAUGUGCCCUCGAUGCAACAAGAGAGUGUACUUCGCUGAGAAGGUGACCUCCCUGGGCAAGGACUGGCACCGACCCUGCCUGCGCUGUGAGCGCUGCUCCAAGACACUGACCCCAGGCGGGCAUGCUGAGCAUGAUGGCCAACCCUACUGCCACAAGCCCUGCUAUGGAAUACUCUUUGGACCCAAAGGAGUGAAUACUGGUGCUGUGGGCAGCUACAUCUACGACAAGGACCCGGAAGGCACAGUUCAGCCUUAGAUCUGCAGAUGCUGCCCCUCGCGGUCCCCUAUUUGACCCUGAGGGAGAGUGACCUGCUGCCUAGUCCUGCCUCAGUGUGUCUCGCCUGCAAUUCCAGCACCUAAGUGAUGGAGGAGAAAGCCCAGCUAGUCCUAGAAUUUCAGCUCCCUUGGUCACCUUGGCAUGUCCUAUGUUGCCCGUGGUUUACUUUCUGUCUGUGUGUCUCCAUAGCACCAUGGGUCCUGUGUCCCCAUGUCCCUGAUAACUCUCCAAGGUGGCUGUCCUAUGAUAUCCCUUUGCCCACACUCGCCCGCCAGUAUUAUUUAUGCUCUGCUUGCCGGUGAUGGGCAUGAGCUAGCUCACAGCAUUCCCGGGGUGACGGCACCCCAGCAAGGAGCCCUUUGCUGGUUCCCACACUACUCCCUACUUACCCUCACAUGGUUCACAGCUAUGGAGAUUUGCUGUCAAUAAAUAGUUUGGUUUAAAGAUUGC